AUGGAUGAAACCUAUUUUAAUCUCACGGGUUUCCUCCGGAGUCCCUCUGUUACAGAGACAUUCGUCGAUAUCUUGCUAUGCGCAGUUCCGAUAUGGCUCGCCGUCAUGAUCGGGCUUCUGAUUGGAUGGUCUUGGCGUCCGAGGUGGACUGGAUUGGUUUAUCUAGGGUUCCGUUCUAAGCUCCGGUUUCUCUGGACUGCUCCGCCGGGAUUCGGCGCUCGCCGUGUUUGGCUUGCUUUCACUGCUCUCUCCGCUUUUUCAGUCUGCCGAACUCUAUGGUCAAGACUCGGUGCGAAUCCCAAAAAAUCAGCGACCCCUACAUCGAUCGAAGAGCUUCCUCCGACUGAAUCAAAAGCAUUCUCACGGUUAGUCUAUGAAGAAAUGAAUAUCUUUAAUGGUCCUGUUGUUUAUCGAAGUCGCACUGUGUUUGAGGAUGCAACUCCAGAGAUUGUUAGGGACUUCUUCUGGGACGAUGAGUUUCGACCUAAAUGGGAUCCUAUGCUUGCUUACUUCAAAACUUUGGAGGAAGAUCCUCAGACAGGAGCAACGAUUGUUCACUGGAUGAAAAAGUUUCCCUUCUUCUGUAGUGACCGGGAAUACAUCAUUGGUAGGAGAAUAUGGGAAUCUGAAAAGAAGUAUUACUCCGUGACAAAGGGAGUACCGUAUCAAGCUCUACCAAAGCGUGAUAAACCGAGACGAGUCGAGCUUUAUUUCUCAAGUUGGAUUAUCAAAGCCGUCGAAUCUCGAAAAGGGGAUGGACAACUAUCAGCUUGUGAAGUCUCUCUUGUCCACUACGAAGACAUGGGGAUCCCAAAAGACGUAGCAAAGUUAGGAGUACGUCAUGGCAUGUGGGGAGCGGUCAAGAAGCUAAACUCCGGUUUAAGGGCAUACCAAACCGCUAGAAAACCAGGGGCGGUUCUCUCACGGAGCGCGCAAAUGGCGGGGAUCACCACGAAGCUGGACAUGGAUUUGUUGGGAACAUCGAGAGGAGAGGAAGAAGAAGAAGAGAGAUCAGGACGAGCCGUGGAGAACGCAAGGAGACAACAGAAGGAGCAGUUGGGUGUAGAUUGGAAAUGGAUCGUUGUAGGAGGAGUGGCUUUGGCUUGUGGGCUUCAUUCAAGUGCGAUUGGCAAGGCCUUAAUGGUUGGAGCAGGACAGAGACUUGCUCGUAGGUGA